AUGACGGAUUUGGGCCUUAUGAGAUAUUUUCUUGGGAUUCAAGUAAAACAAUCAAAUAGAGAAAUUAUUGUUUCCCAAGAAAGAUUUAUAGAAGACCUCUUGAAAAAGUUUGGUAUAACGAAAUGUAAACCGGUGGCUACUCCCAUGGCUCCAAAUGAAAAAUUGUCACCAAAUGAUGGAGCACAAGAAGCAAAUGCAUCUUCUUAUGGAAGUCUUGUUGUCUCCAGAUUCAUGAGCAAACCAAGCAAGUUAUAUUUUGUAGUUGCUAAGAGAAUAUUAAGAUAUGUUCAAGGAACUAAGAGCUUUAGUCUCAAGUAUAGUACAGAGAAAGACAGCAGCCUAGUUGGCUACACAUAUAGCGAUUGGGCCGGAUCGUUAGAUGAUCGAAAAAGCACUUCAGGAUAUAUAUUCUGCUUAGGAUCUAAAGUUAUCUCUUGGUCUUCAAGGAAGCAAAAAACAGUUGCUCUAUCAUCUGCAAAAGCGGAAUAUGUAUAA